GGAAUUGACACCAAACAGCAUUCUUCUCAAAAGAAUACAUAAUCAAGUAAAAAAUGCAAAUCAAAUCGCUUUCCAUUGCUUUAGCAGCACUAGCUACGCCAUCCAUCGCUGGGAUUGUCCAAGGCUUUAGCUACGGCUCAAUGAAUACGGACGGUUCAUGUCGAAGAUAUGACGACUUCAAGUAUCUUUUCGAACGAGCGAGGAAUCUUCAUGGGGCAUCAGGCUUCACGGCCGCUCGACUCUAUACCUCAAUCCAGUGCGGGACUUCGGCAGACUAUAUCGAAGCUUACAAAGCAGCCAUUGACACCAACACGACAAUUCUCGUCGGGCUCUGGGCCAGUGCAGGUCGCCACGUAUUUGAAAAUGAGCUGAACGCUCUCAUUGGCGCUUCUAGAGCGCUCAAAGAUGACUUUACGAAACGCGUGGUCGGCAUCAGUGUGGGAUCCGAAGAUUUGUACCGAAGCUCUCCGCAGGGUGUCAUCAAUGGAGAAGGCCCAGGCUGUACAGCUGAUGAAAUUGAGGGAUACAUUGGUUGGCUACGAGACUGGCUCAAAGGCACUGAUCUAGAGCACAUACCUGUUACUCAUGUUGAUACCUGGACGGCGUGGGUACUACCUGAGGCCAGCAAAGUUGUCAAGGCGGUAGACUUCCUAUGUCACAACUCGUUUCCAUACUUCGAGGAUGCGAGACCCAACGCGAUCGAGAAAGCAGCAGACAAUUUCUGGUCGGCGGUAUCGGCCACUGAGGGUGCAGCUCAGGGUAAAGAUGUUUGGAUUACCGAGACAGGUUGGCCCGAUACUGGACCGGUGCGACGUGAUGCAGUACCCUCGCUGGAUAAUGCAAAGACGUAUUGGAACACGAUUGGCUGUUCACUCUUUGGAAAACGCAGUACUUUCUGGUACACACUCGUGGACGGAGCAAAAACGACGGCAGAUCUCAGUUUUGCUAUCACACCUUCUACCGAUGAAAGCCCAAAGUACAACCUGGCCUGCUCUUGA